AUGGAAGAAUCUUUGGCCGGCAAUUACGACGUUGUGAUCAACGGGACUGGUCUCCCGGAGUCAAUACUGGCGGCAGCUUGCGCACGCUCCGGCAAAUCCGUCCUCCAUGUUGAUACGAAUGAAUAUUACGGCUCAGAUUGGGCAGCUCUUAGCCUCAAUGAGCUUGAGACUUGGGUAAAGGCUUACCAAAAGAAUGAGUCUGGCGCAUUUACCUCGGCAACCUUGAGCAUACACGACGAAUCAGGUCUUGGCCAAGCUCGAGCUUAUGCCAUCGACCUGUCCCCACGGAUAUUGUACGCCAAAUCUAAAUUAAUUGACGUAUUGGUCUCGUCACGGAUAUCGCGGUAUCUUGACUUCAAAUCAUUACCAACGACCUGGGUCUAUCAAUCUGAGAGAAAUGAGGAGUGCGGUCUAGUAAAAGUACCCGCAGGCCGUGAAGAUGUGUUCACGAGUGACAAAUGGGACCUUCUGACAAAGAGGCGUGUGAUGAAGUUUCUCAAGUUUGCCACAGAUUACGCCAGUGAGGAGAACAGAAGGAUCUGGGAAGCGAAAUCCGAACAAGCGCUUCCGGUCGUUCUAGCAGCACCGCCUUUCUCACUUUCACCUGCUCUUGUGUCUUCUAUCACGUAUGCAAUAGCUUUGGCGCCGUCUCCUGAAGCCCUCUGCGUUCAAGACGCAUUACCGCUGAUACAUCGACACCUGACUUCCUUAGGUAUUUAUGGCGCUUUCCCAACUAUAGUGCCCAUGUAUGGCGGAGGUGGGGAACUGAGCCAGGCCUUUUGUCGAGCGGCAGCAGUUAAGGGAGCAACGUACGUCCUUGGUAAACGUACAGUCUCGCAGAACGCGACCGAAGAGGGUGUGGAGGUGGCGUUCGACGGCGGUGAAACCGUCAAGUGUGGGACGUAUGUCGAACGCGUGUCAGGCCUGACCGGGUACAAGGAUUCGGCCAUCUUGCGGAAGGUCAUUGUCGUGAAAGGAGACUGCAAAGCCCUGGUUCCCACGGGUGACGCGUCGAUAGUGGUGUUUCCGCCUGGUACACUUGGUCAAAAUGCACAGUCUGUGAUAGCACAGAUUCAUGGAAGUGGGACAGGCGAGUGCCCAAAUGGACAAUGGAUUUGGUAUCUGAGUACAACGGGAACAUCAGACGCCGUCAACGCUCUGAAGCAAGCAUCCAUUGCCCUCAAGAACGAAGCAAUCCGUUCGGUUGCUGGUGAAGCAGCCGUUACAAUGGAUUUCCUCUUUGAGCUGUCGUAUACCCAACACUCUUCUUCACCUUCCGACUCAAGUGACAAGACGAGCAGAAUUAUUCCACUUACUCCUGCUCUUACCACGGAUUAUGAUGCGGCUGUGGAUUGUGCUCGUUUCGCGUAUGGCAGAAUAUUUGGUACGGAGGAGGGGUUCAUGGAGACGUUGGAGGAGGAUCUUGCCGGGGAUGAAGACGAAUUCUAGACACGGUAAUAAAAGAACGACAACCGGAACACGAUAGCCAACUUCUUGCUAUGAAACCGCAAUGAGGCGGCAAGAAUAUAGACAUUGUUUUUGCAAUUGGUGUCCUAGACCGUGAUAGCUUUCCCUCAAAUAUCCCUUGACAUCUCGCCACCCUCGGCAGCUCUAUCAACAAGAGCCCUGAACCUCCUCUGCUGAUCCGCCAUACUCAAGAAGAUACCAUACUUGAUCUCGAAAAUAUCCUUUUCUGUGUUACUCUUGGUCGGGA